GAUCCUGACCCACAGGUCCCUGCCCCAUAGAUCCUGUAGGACCCAUAGAGGCCCUGGGACCCAUAGAUCCUGACCCACAGGUCGCUGCCCCAUAGAUCCCGUGGAACCCAUAGAGCCCCCGGGACCCAUAGAUCCUGCCCCACAGAUCCCCUGGGACCCACAGAUCUCUGCCCCAUAGAUCCAGGCCCACACUUCCCUGCCCCGUAACAGCCUCUGCCCCACACGCUUCCCAGCCCCACAGCGGCCUCUCCACCCCACACAUCCUGCCCCACACUUCCCCGCCCCACACAUUUCCUGCCCCACGGCGGCGCCCGCAGCUUCCUGGGGGGGGGGGGAGGGAGGGGAUGUGGGGCGCCCGCGCCCCAUAGCGAGCGGGGCAGAGGCGGCGGACGCAGGUGUGGGGCAGGGAUCUCCACUUAUGGGGCAGGGAGGUGGGUCUGGGUCCCCACUUGUGGGGCAAGGGGGGGGGAGAUGUGGGGGUCCCCAACUUGUGGGGCAGCAACCCCAGCCCCACGGCUGCCCCCUAAGCACUGCUCUUUUCCCCCAGCCCCAUGGAGGCUCCUCUGCCCCAUAGCGGCCUGUGGGGCCUGGCCCUGCUGCCCCCCACCCUGCUGCUCGCGGCCCUCUGCGCCCGCUGCCGCCGCGGUUAUGGGGUGCAGGUCGACAACUACGAGUACAAGCCGCCCCAUAGCGUCGCCCCCUCCAGCUUCAUCGUCAUGGGCCCCCGAUAUUCUCUGCCCCAUAGAUCUUGCCCCACAUCUCCCCCCAGACCCCCCCAACCCACAGCCGCCGCCCUGGGGACCCGAAACCCGGCAACAGCCCUCCCCCCACCCUCCCCGAGGAUCGAGUGCCGACGCCGGUCCUCCCCCUCCCCUCGAGGACGACUAUACGAACGACGCUUACGUCACGGGUUAUGUGUCCUGCCGGAACCGGAAGGGGCGGGGCCAAGCGCACCCCCCAGCGAGGAGUACGAGAACCUCCCCGAUGACCGGAGCGACAGCCGAGCCGACAGCCUGGAAUACAUCAACCUCCCCCCGCCCGGAUCCGCCCCCGCGAGUGAGAGCGAGGACGGGGCCCCCGACUACGAGAACCUCUAAUAGAUCCAGACCCACAGAUCCCUGCCCCACGGAUCGCUGCCCCACAGCUCUGCCUCUGCCCCAUAGAUCCAGACCCAGAGCUCCCCCCCACAUCUGACGCAGCCUGAGAGGGGCCCUGCCCCACGGAUCCUCCGCCC